AUGGCUCUGGUAACAGCACUCCGCCCCGCGGUGCGCGCGACGGCAAUCCUCAAGUCGGCCACAAGACCGUCUCUCUCCUCCCGUCUCCCCGGGCGCCGAACCCCCAUCAUAUCCUUCGCCGGCGUCCACACCACGUCCUCCAAACCCCAAGAAGCCGCAGCCCUCCGUCAGAACUCGGAUGUUGUCCGUCAAAUCGAGAUUGCCCAGUCUGCGGAGCCAUCCGGCGAUGAGCUUCGUCGCUCACUGCACCCCCUGUCCAGCUCGACGACAGGCCUGGCCCAGGGAGUCGAGGACUCGUCGGACGUCCUGCGGCACCCGCUGCGCUAUGUAACUCAGCAAAAGGACCCCCAUCUGCUCCACAUUGUCGACGCGAGCACGGAGAAGCCGCGAGCCGUCUUCGACGCCGCUUGGCUCCGGGACCGCUGUCCCUGCCCGCAGUGCAUCAGCCCGACUUCGGGCAACAAGGCCUUCGCCACCUCCGAGAUCCCCGGGGACAUCAGGUUCGCAGAGGUCCAGGAGCUGGCAGACGGCUCCGUCCAGGUCCGCUGGGACAACGACAUCCCACGAGCUGCCGCCGCCGACCACGUCUCGGUCUUCCCCGCCACAGGACAAGAUGCCCUCCGCGUCAUGACGCUGGAGAAGCCCGUCCUCUUCGCCCGCCACGACUGGGCGCCCGACCACAUGUCCAAGUUCGGCUGGACCAAGGAGACGCUCACCCCGCGCCUUCUGAAGAUGCACUACGAGGACUUCAUGUCCGGCGACGCCUCCUUCCGCGACGCCGUCCUCUCGCUGUCCCAGAUCGGGCUGGUGUUCCUCACCGGCGUGCCGCAGACCGAGACGGCCGUCGCCGACAUCGCCCUCAAGUUCGGCGCCGUCAAGGAGACCUUCUACGGCCGCACGUGGAACGUCAUCUCCAAGCCCGACGCCGAGAACGUCGCCUACACCUCGUCCUACCUGGGCCUGCACUCUGAUAUGCUCUACCUCGACUCGCCGCCCCGCAUCCAGCUGUUGCACUGCCUCGAGAACUCGUGCUCCGGCGGCGAGUCCAUCUUCAGCGACGCCCUCCACGCCAGCAGCCGGCUCCAGCGCGACUCCCCCAACCACUACAGCGCGCUCUGCGCGUUCCCCGUCCCGUACCACUACAGCAAGCACGGCUUCUUCUACCGCCAGGCGCGCCCCGUCAUCAGCCACGCCGAGGACCCCGACCUCCGCGAGGUCUGGUGGUCGCCGCCCUUCCAGGCCCCGUUCCCCGUCCACCGCACCGCCGAGCAGGCAGCCGCGUGGCCCAAGUGGCUCGCCGCCGCGCGCGCGUUCCAGGGCCUCCUGGAGGACCCGGCCAGCGUGUACCAGUGCAAGCUGCAGCCGGGCGAGUGCGUGCUGUUCGACAACCGGCGUGUGCUGCACGGCCGCCGCGCCUUCGACACGGGGAGCGGCCGUCGCUGGCUCAAGGGAACCUACGUUGCCGACGAGGAUUUCAGGAGCAUCCUGCGAGGCAUUCCGCGAGAGGGAGACUAG